AUGUGGGGCCCCGUGUUUCCCACCGCCAUCCUCGGAGCCUUACUAUACGUGGCUAAACGGCUCGUGCUACCGCGAAAGGCGGCGCCGAGCUUAGAAUGGGAGGCCGCUAGGAGAAAAGCACGUCAGCCGCACAAGAAGCCUCCCUCAUUCUACGCGUCACACGGGGUGGCCUCGGUAGAAGAGUACAUAAUCAACGCGCGGGGGGUGGUUCUCUUCACCAAGCAAUGGCUCCCCAGGGACGCGCGGCUCAAGGGAGUGGUGGUGGGCUGCCAUGGCUAUGGCGAGACGUGCACCUACAUCUUUGAAGACGUGGCAGUAAUGCUGGCAGGCAAAGGCUAUGCCCUGGUGGGAGUGGACUAUGAGGGCCAUGGGCUGUCAACCGGUCGUCACGGGUACAUCCACAGCUUCCCCUGCCUUGUUGACGAUGUCCUUGAAGUCGCUCGCCGUGCAAAAGCAAGCCCCAGGUUCGCCCAUCUGCCAUUCUUUGUCUAUGGCGAGUCCAUGGGAGGUGCUGUGGCCAUUCAAGUCGCACGACGAGACGCCAGCCUCUGGAACGGUGCAGUGCUGGCUGCACCCAUGUGUAAGGUGUCCAAGGAGCUCACCCUCCCUGCACCAUUGAUAUUUCCUUUCUCCUGCCUCGCACGCAUCUUCCCUACCUGGAAACUCCUGCCAGUCAACGGCAAACUUGACAACUGCUUUAAGGUGCCCGAGAAGAGAGAGAGGGCCAACAAUCACCCCUUCGCAUAUCAUGGCCCGCUACGACUGGGCACUUCGUUGCAGAUCUAUCAGACCACUCUGGACAUCUGUGCUCACAUGGAAGAGGUGGCGGUGCCGCUACUGAUCCUACAGGGAACAGAGGAUAAGGUCAUAGACAUGGCAGCUGUCCACGACCUCUUCACACGAGCGAGCAGCGCAGACAAGCAGAUGAAGGUGUAUGUGGGUGCGUGGCACGCACUCACGUGUGGAGAGCCGGAUCACGUUGUUGCCAGGGUGGUUCAUGACAUCUCUGACUGGCUGGUUCGCAACAUCUGUGAUUGGCUAGAUGCUAGGAGCUUGCCUCCCAGUGGUUCCCUAAGUGCUGUCGUUACCACUGACACUGUCAAGAUGGCUGGUGUUGUGCUGCCCAUGCUGGUGCAGACGAAUGCGGGUGUGAAGGCUUGA